UCAGAGUUCAGUCUGCCCUGGUCUCUCUCACGGGGCACACGGGUCUCACAAUCCUCCCUGAAAAUGGACAUCCUUAACGACAUUUUGGUCUUCCUAGUUUUCUUCGUUUACAAAGUUUACGCGAAACUCACCCUCAUCAAUGUCUACCUGUUCUUUCCGCUGGUCAAGCGGUACAUUCACUAUAAACUGAGCCGCGUCGGAAUCCAGGUGGAUGGCGGGAGACCGUGUGAUAUUAAAAUUUUAGACAAUAAAGCCUACUACAGGAUCGCGGAGGAUUGGGAUCUGGGCCUCAUGGAGGGCUACAUUCACGGCGACAUUGAAAUUAAGGACAUGUUGGCGACGACGAGCACGAUUUUUAGGACGAGAAGAUUCAACGAAGUCGCUCACCCGCUGACCUUUAUUUUCUCGUGGUUUAAUUUACAAACUCGCAGGCGAGCGUGGGAAGCAGCUGUCGUGCAUUAUGACGGCGUCGGUCUCGACAUCUUUGAACCCAUGAUGGGUGAGCACAUGCAAUAUUCCUGCGGUUACUGGAAGGACGCUACGAAUCUGCAUGACGCCCAGACCGCGAAACUUCACCUGAUUGCGAAAAAAUUAGGACUUCGAAAGGGCAUGCGGCUCCUCGACUGUGGCUGUGGGUGGGGUGGACUUGCAAAAUUCAUGGCGAAAAAUUAUGGCGUCUCAGUCGUCGGCGUCACCAUUUCGAAAGAGCAGAAACACUAUGCGGACCAACUUUGCAAAGGUUACGAUGUCGAAAUACGACUCCAGGAUUAUAGAAAAUUGAACGAAAAAUUCGACGCGAUCGUGAGCGUGGGCAUGUUCGAGCACGUGGGUCCGCGCAACCAUGACGAGUACUUUUCCACUAUUUCGCGUUGUUUGAAGGACGACGGUCUCUUCCUCCUCCACGCGAUGGGGGCGAGUCAUCCCUCCACCCCCAAAAAUUACAUGUGGCUCCACAAAUAUAUUUUCAGGAAUGCGGCAGUCGCCCACAACCACGACGUGACGAGAGCAAUCUUUGGCAAGUUUAUUAUCGAGGACUGGCACAAUUUCGGGUACGACUAUGGGCUCACGGCAGCCGCUUGGUACGAAGAAUUCCUCAAGUUCUGGCCAAAGGUGGAGAAAAAAUACGGAAUUGAAUUCUUUCGAAAUUGGACCAUCUUAAUGAAAGCGGGAGAAGCGGGAUACUGCACCAGGACUGUCCAGUUGUGGCAAAUCGUCCUCUCAAAAGAUGGCGUUGAAGGGGGUUACAGGUCCAUACGAUGAGUAAAAGCUGGCUUAGGUUUAAAAAAUACUAAAAUUAAAUAGUAAAUUAUUCAAUUAAAUUUGUCUCAACUAAAUCCGUGGCAUAAAUUUCUGUGGUAAAUAAAUAAUAAAUUAUGUUGUAAAAUACAUAAC